AGUCUUGACUGAGUAUCCAAGGAUACAACUUCGACGACUGAUAAUUAUUUAUAAAGCGAAUAAUGGCCAGUUUAGUAACGAGAGCGAUAAAGUGCGCAUUUAACCGCACCAACAACAAUUAUUAUAAAAUUCAUCGAUUGAUGAGCCGAACGAUGUUUACCGAUGGCUUCAUUUUUCGUCAGCUGUUCGACACGGAGAGCAGCACGUACACAUAUUUACUCGCCUGCGCCAAGAGUAAAGAGGCCAUUCUUAUCGACCCCGUUAUAGAACACGCAAACCGGGAUUUUCAACUUUGUAAAGAUUUAAAUUUGAAUUUGAAAUACGCAAUUAAUACUCAUAUGCAUGCUGAUCAUGUAACCGGAACGGGGGAAUUAAAAAAACUUUCUGGUUGCAAAAGUAUUAUUUCGAAGGCGAGUGGGGCUCAGGCUGAUAUUUUAAUCGACGAAAAUGAUGUUAUUGAGUUUGGAGAGCAUAAAUUGGAAGUUAGGGCGACUCCUGGUCAUACUAAUGGGUGUGUUACGUAUUAUAUUCCGGCACAAGGUGCUGCAUUUACCGGGGAUACCUUGCUUAUCAGGGGUUGUGGUCGAACCGAUUUUCAAGAAGGAAACUCUGCGAGUCUUUACAACAACGUCCACGAUAAAAUCUUUACAAUGCCCGAUUCGACCACGUUGUAUCCCGCUCACGAUUAUAAAGGGAUGACCAGCACAACUGUUGACGAAGAGAAAAGAUUAAAUCCGCGAUUAACGAAGAGUUUGGACGAGUUCAUCAAAAUUAUGGACAAUUUGAACCUUGCUUACCCAAAAAUGAUCGAUAAAGCUUUACCAGCAAAUAAAGUUUGUGGACUUUACGAGAUUCCUACAAAAUAAUUUAAGAAAAUAAAACAUUUAUCUUAUUUUAUCAGGUAUAUAAGGCAUUCAGGGUUUUAUUAUAAUAAAUGAUUUAUUAUGAACAAGUA